AUGUGGGGACCCGUGGGCGAGCGCGACCCAGGGGCGAGGGGUCCCGUGGGCGAGCGCGCCCCGGGAGCGCGCCCAGCGCCGGAGCGGGUCCGGGGUGGCCGUGGCGGUGUCGCGGCCGUGUCGCGGCCGUCGGGGGCCGUGGGGGGGUUCCGGCGGAGCCGCAGCUCCCGCGGGCGGGCGGGCGGAGGAAAUGACUCGCAUUCCUGCAGCCGGGGCCGCUCGCACCGCUCCGGCUCCAACUCGCCCCCGAGCGCAACAAGCGGCCGCGCCGGGCCCACCCGCGGCACGGCCCCGCGGGGGCGAGCCGAGCCGGGCCGGGCUGAGCCGAAGCGAACCGAAAGGAGCCGAACGGAGCGGAACCGGGCUGAGCCGAGCCGGGCUGAGCCGAGCGGCGGCGCGGUGCGGGGCGCCGGGCACGCACCUACCUGCGGCUGCGGGAGCGCGCUACGUGCCAGCCGUGCCGUGCCGUGCCGUGCCGAGCCGAGCCGAGCCGUGCCGAACCCCGCCGUGCCGAGCCGAGCCGAGCCAGGGGAAGGGGUCGGGGACGGGGUGAACCCGGGCUUGAGAGACGAGUGGUGGCCCCGGAGGAGGCGUGGGGAGCCGGGCAGACGCCGCCACGGCGCCCACGAAAGGCUCUGGGAAGAGCCUGAGCAUCGCAUCCCCCGGGAGGGCACACGGGCACCGUCCCUGCGGGAUGGAGACGCCGAAGGUGCCCGGCAGCGGAGCGGAGCAUCCUUCAGCGGGGAGCGCGGCCGGAGGAGGCUCCCAGGGCUGGGGAACCUCUGCUCCCGAGGGCUGGGAGAGCUGGGGGUGUCCAGCUUGGAGUGA